AUGGAGUUUGUCUCUGGUUACAGAGACGCCAUCUUGGAUCUCUCAGAGCUGCUGUGUAGUUGGUACAGGGCGUAUCUAUCUGACUGCUCUGGCCGGCUCGACAGGGACGUGAGGAACCGGGAGCAGGAAGCUGCCCUCCGAGGUCUGCCUCGUGCCCCCGUCUGCUGGGCCGUACACGUGAUCCCCAACAGCGAGCUCAGCUUCCAGCCCAGGAGCCCGGAGCGGCAGCUCAGCGGCAGCUUCUACGCCGACGACGUCCUGCGCUUCAGCAACCUCAGCCAGUACGUGCGCCUCGUCUACCACGACUGCGACAGCGGAGACGAGGCCGGUUUCUCCCGACCCUCCUCAGAUGACCUCUACAGGAUUGACUAUGUGUUGGUGGUGGUGGAGGAGAGCGGCGUCAUGCUGGGGGUGGACUUCAUAAUGAGCAGAGGCAGGCGCAAGCAGGACGGUCCUUGCUUGCGGGCGGCCAGAGCGUACCACCUGCUGUGCCAGUGCAUGGCGAGACCCAUGGGAGACGGACCACCGCGAAGACCAAAGAAAGUGGCCGUGGAUGACCCUGCGGUGCACGUUUUUUUCAGGAGCCUUCUGCCGACGCUCGGGGUCCACGUGGCGAAGAAGCCUCUAAAGGACUGGUCGCUGAGAGAGAACUUCACCUUGUCCUCCAAGCCGGUGAAUUCCUGCCACGUAUGUAAGAAAAGAAGAUUUGAGGCUUCGCUGAGACCAUGUGGCAGGUGCGGAGCCGUUCUCUACUGCUCAGAGCAGUGUAAGGCCUCGGACUGGAACAAGCGCCCCGCGGACGUCAGCCACGAGUCCUGGUGCCAGAGGAUGGAGGGCUACAUGCAGUUUGGGGAGAAGCUGGCGGACCUGCCAUUCCAGUUCAGCCAGGAAGUGACCAGCCCGACCUUUGACAAAGAGCGCUUCCUCUCCGACCGUCACCUCACCGGAGGAUACUGGCUGGCGGAGAGCAUCCAUUACCAGGCCUCCCGCCUGCUCCUCGAGAGACCCCCCUGGGACAUCAACGGAGGCAGAGAGAGCGCGGAGCCCCUACUCAAGGACACGGACAAGAUACUGAGGCAGACCCCCACUAAAGGAUUGAAGACCCCAUUAGUGACGUGGAAGGGGUAUUACACCUGGAGAGGUCUGAGUUUGAACAACCCGCUUGCUGCCCUCCUCACCUACCCCCUGACCAUAUACCACAUCAUCACCGGGAUGGUACCCCAGCACUUUCCCGAGCUGAACAUUUUAAAGAAACAGUCGCUGAAAAUUCACAUUAUUGACGGGAGGCGCGAGUACGACAGCAUCCUGCUCUUCUGGGAGCUUGCUGUGCUGAUGCCCCGCGUGGUGAUCGAGCUGGUGUUUGUGGGUGAGACGCUGCCCCUAGAGGACGACGACAGACACUUCAUACUGCAGAGGGAGGGGCGCAAAGUGGUCUGCACCGAUCUCGAUUUCCCUACCAAGAACCGGGAAGGGAGGAGCAUCCAGGUCAAAGUUCACGCCCGCCCCUACCACACCCUCCAAGCCGCCAAGCCUGACCUCGUCAUCGGUUUUAAUUCUGGAUUCUGGGUGAAUAAUUCUUGGCUGAGCACCUUACCCCGUCUGCAGUCCAUGAAGGUGCCCGCGUAUUUCUCGGAGUGCUCGCAGUACAGCUGUGAUGUGGACGCACAGGUGGUCUCUAUGGCUACGGGGGGCGCUGCUAGUCCUGCCGUCCUGAACCCGUUCCGCUCCCCGCUGAGGAUUCCAGCAACUGAUAACUGCAUGCCAUGGUACAGCAACGCCUUUCUCUUCUAUUUGAUCUACAAGUCUUGCAACAGGCAGCGUAACCACGCCCCUCCGCCCCGUCCCGCCCCCGCGGAGCCCCCCUUCGAGUGCUCUGUGCGCAAAAAGAAGAAGCAGCCCUGGCCGAACAACCCCCGCAAACGCAAAUGACUUCCCUGCAUGUACCCCCCGCUAGACAGUAAACCUGAUCUGCC